AUGGAUAGCGAGAGCACCGAACACCUUGUGGAAGAGCUCCAUCAUCGGCCUCACAAAUCAAUCUCAGAGAAAGAGAGGGAGAGUGACUGUCCCGAAGAUCUUGUGGAAGAGCUCCAUUAUCGGGAAGGAAGAGGAAUUUCAAAGGCAUGGCGGUGGUUCGGCCACCGCCAAGGUCAGAACCUUACUUCACCAAAGCUAGUUAAUGUAGAUGACUUUCGCGCUAAAGGUGAUCAUGAAGCAGAUGAUACAGAGUCAUUUAGCAAAGCUUGGAGGGAGGCUUGUGAUUCUAAAAAUAGUGUUCUUGUGGUACCUAGAAAUAGGACCUAUCUUCUUAAGCCAAUUACAUUCUCAGGCCCUUGCAAAUCUAAUUUCACAUUGAAGGUCUAUGGAACAAUCCAAGCUUCUCGUCGUAGAUCAGAUUAUCAAAAACAUAGACAACAUUGGCUUCUCUUCGAAAAUAUUCAAAAUUUUACAGUUGAAGGUGGGGGCAUCAUCAAUGGCAAUGGGAGGAAAUGGUGGGAAAACUCAUGCAAAGUCAACAAAACACUUCCUUGCAUGCACGCACCAACUGCCAUGACUUUCUUCAAUUGCAACAAUUUGAGAGUAGCAAACCUGUGGAUAAAAAACGCACAGCAAAUGCAUCUCACGUUUCAGAAAUGUGUAAACGUAAAAGCUUCAAAUCUCGUGGUAACUGCACCAUGGCAUAGCCCCAAUACUGAUGGAAUUCAUGUCACAGAAACACAGAACAUUCAAAUACAUAACUGUGUUAUAAGGACAGGUGAUGAUUGUAUAUCAAUAGUAAGUGGGUCAGAAAACGUUGAAGCCACAGAUAUUACUUGUGGACCAGGCCAUGGAAUCAGCAUUGGAAGCUUAGGUGCUGGCAAUUCAAAUGAUUAUGUUUCCAAUGUGAUAGUCAAUAGAGCGUUACUUUCAGGAACAACAAAUGGAUUGAGAAUAAAAACUUGGCAGGGAGGCUCGGGGCAUGCAAGAAAUAUAACAUUUCAAAAUGUUGAAAUGCACAACGUCAAAAAUCCUAUAAUUAUAAAUCAAUACUACUGUGAUAAAAAAGGAUCGCCAUGCUCGGAACAGGCAUCAGCUGUGAAGGUAAGCAAUGUUGUUUACAAAAACAUCACAGGUAUCAGUGCAUCCGAAGAAGCGAUAAAUUUCAAGUGCAGCAGAAGUGUUCCUUGUCAAGAGAUUUGGUUGGAAGAUGUUAAUCUAGUCCGCCAAGAAGAUGCUAGUGUCAAAGCCUCUUGUGAGAAUGUUAGAUUAACAAACCAAGGGAAGGUUUCUCCACAAUGCUUAGAAUAA